UCACACACACACACACACACUCACACUCAACUCUGACUUCCAAGAAAAAAGAUCUUUCCCAUUCUUUAUACCUACUAAUAAAUUCUCCUCUUUCUUUCUUCACAUUUUAAUUUCAUCCCACAAAAAAAAUCUCCAGAAAAAAAUGGAGAAAAUGAUUGGUGGAAAGAAAAGCUAUUUGGCAAUGAAAACAGAUUAUCCAGUGAAUGAACAAAUCAGUUCAGAUUUUAAUGAAAUUGGGGAAUCAGUUAGAAAAUUAGCCAAUCAUGCUAUCAAGCUUGGUGGUAUUGGAUUUGGUACUUCUUUUCUCAAAUGGGUUGCUUCUUUUGCUGCAAUUUACUUGUUGAUCUUGGACCGUACGAACUGGAAAACGAAAAUACUCACAUCGCUCUUGAUCCCGUACAUUUUCCUUACUCUACCCUCGUGGUUAUUCAACAUCUUGAGGGGAGAAAUUGGAAGGUGGAUUGCGUUCGUCGCUGUCGUACUACGUCUUUUCAUCCCUAAACAUUUUCCAGAUUGGUUGGAAAUGCCGGGAUCUUUGAUCCUUCUCCUAGUGGUGUCACCUGGAUUCUUUGCUGAUUCGAUAAGGGGACACAUAGUCGGAACAUUUGUCUGCCUUGUCAUAGGUUGUUAUUUGCUGCAAGAACAUAUUCGAGCUUCUGGAGGGUUCCGGAAUUCAUUCACAAGGGCUAACGGCAUUUCCAACUCUGUUGGGAUCCUCCUUCUCUUCGUCUAUCCAGUUUGGGCGCUCGUACUUACCCUUCUUUAGAAUAUCGACGAAGGCGCUUUAAUUGCAUUUGUUUCGGGUUUUUCUUUUUUCAAUUAAGAACGAGAGUCGUGAUGUAUUUGUGAAGAAACUAUUGCCACUCUCAGAUGUUUUUUUUUACCAGACUAUGUUUACUGCUUUUGUUGGAUUGGCAGUAAGAAUGUAAUAAUAAUUCGUAUCGUUUCAAUUGUCUGUUCGGUUUCGAGAC